AUGGUUUAUUGGGCCCCCUUUCGAUGCGCAGAUAUUUCUGCAAGGAUUAUUAUGAUCCUUAUAUAUCUUUUCGUAACAUGCACAGCAAUUGCGUUUGUUUUUGCGAGAUAUUCUUCAUUUCCAAGUAAAGUUAGACCGUAUUACUUUUUAGUAUUAAUAUUAUAUAUCGUGUUUUCAGUAUUAUGGAUUACAGCGCACAUUAAUUUGUCGUGGCUUGAUGCCGGAAGCGUCGAACGCGAACUUGAAGUAUAUAAAAAUUCGCCGUUAUCAGCUCAGCUUGAAGAUCGCAUAGCAAAUUUCUCAUUGUGCAAAAAAUGCCAUUUACCUAAAUCAAAAAGAACUCAUCAUUGUUCACAAUGCAAAAAAUGUUAUUUCAGAUUCGAUCAUCAUUGUCCAGCAAUCGGAAAUUGCGUAGCCCUUAAGAAUAUGAAACCAUUCAUAUUAUUCAUGGUUUACAGUUGCUUCUUAGUUAUUACGGCAGGAUCAUCAGCUUUAUUAUACCUAGGAGAAGAUGAUUCUGAUAUGAAAAUCAUCUAUUGGCUCAUCUUUGGCAGUUGCUGCGCUAUGGGAAUUUACGUUGCUUGUUUUGGUUUAUCAUUUUGCGGGAAUACAUGCAAUGAUCACACUACAUUAGAAGGUAUAGCAAAAGAAGACAAACACAAAUACUCUCUUGGAAGUUUGACAAACUUUAAACAAAUUUUUGGUGAACAUUGGUAUGAAUGGUUCAUCCCUACUCAAAAUAAGUUUGGUGGCUUUGUUUGGGCUCAAAUACAUGAAGAGAUUGAUAACAGAAUACAAGAAGCUACACAACAACACGAUAGCUCAAAUACUAAUCCUCAACCAAGUGAUCAGCAACCAGAUGCACCACUUACACCUGAAGCAUAG